AUGUGGCCCGAAGAUCCCAAUGGGCCAAGACCCGACUGGCAUUACUCUGUAUGGCAGUCUGGCAGUCUGGCAUCCAUCGUCCUCUUUGCGCAAUGUUCAAAGUGGGAUAGUCAAAGAGGUACCCGGUUGAAUGCUAUGCACUCUAUCGAUCUACCGCAAACCCCCUAUCCUCGUCUCUCUGAGCCCGACGACGACGACCCAACGGCCAAUGCCGCCCGGGCAGAGAUGGAGCACGGAGUUGGAGGGAGGAGCACCCAUGAAUCUGCAACCCAGCCAAUUUGCGCCGCAUCCUGUCGAGACGAAACUGUACAAAGAAACAAGAAGAAGAAGAAGAAGAAGAAGAAGAAGAAGAAGAAGAAGAAGAAGAAAAAGUGA